AUGAAUAAACUAGAAUAGAAAGCUGUUCAUUCUUUGCUUCAACUAGCAAAAGAAGAAGAAACAAGAAGUGAAAGAAAUUGGGAACCUCAAUCCCCAAAGCAAAAUGAUUUUAUCUCCCCUUAACCGAAGAGUAUUAAUUAGCAUAGAAAAAAUAUAAGAAUAAUUCAAAAUCAUAAAGCAAGACAAAAGUCUUCUAUAGAGAUCAAUCAAGAUGAUGAUUAAUAGCUUUCACAACCUUCGCAAAAAGAAAAUUCACUGUAAUAAUUAAUUGAAGAGUAUAUGAAAUAAAUUCGACAUACCCAAAGAUAACUUGAAUCGAUACACCAAUCAAAAUUCGAUUUGAAAUCUGGCUGGGUUAAUUUUAGUUCAAUAAUUCUCGAAAACAAGGCAAAGGUUACCAAAAAAAAACACUAAAGAAAAUAAUCAACAAAAAGUAUAACAACAAUACAUACAAAAAAAGACUCCGCUUCGAAAAGUAUUACUUAAUGA